AUGUUCUCGAGAUGUUCAUCGCUUUGGACAUGUAGCUCGAGCGGACCGGCCUCCAUGGUUAUCGCCAUAACGCUGCCGAUGGCUAAUAUGAUGGCUAAGAUGCGUGAUACAGCUACCCGAUUCAAUACUCGACCCACGUUUACCAUUACGGAGUCUGCCGCCUACGACCAUACGAAAUUUCCCCAGCGUCCCGCUCCUAACGGCCAUAUUCUAAUUGCGCUGUCCGAUAGAGAGACAUGCAAGAAAUACCGGUCACAACAGCAUCCCAUAUCUAAGCUCAUACAACUGCUAAUCGUGCGCCCUGUUGCUAACCAUCCUUCGGCUAGCGAGUUUCCCCUAACCAUCAACAUUGUCAACCCAAGCUUGAGCUCAUCAGCGCUAGCGCGUGAUGUUACAGGCUGGGGGUUUUGGUUCUUCAGGCUGCCGGUGGCACACUCGACAGAGGUGGGCAGUAGAACACCAGUGCACGCAGGUGCUUCGGGCAUGGAGACGCAUGGCAAGUAUCUGAACGACUGCAUGAUCGAGGAACCGAGUCCACUGGUGACAGAUGCGGCGGGCAAGGAGGGGCAGGAGCGCAUCGUGACUGAGAUUCUCAAGGAGAUUAAGGUCAUUCAGCCCGGUGCCUCAAAAAGUUUAAGGGUUGUUUGA